CUUUAAAUGGCGACGUUCAUCCCAUCAUUCUUCUUUCGUGUCUUUUUAAUUCUUCUCGCUUUAUAUUAGUUGCACUUAUUGUCACUCUUUAGCAUCACCUUCCGCCUUUUUUGUUCCUACAUACAUACACCCCUAUACACCACUCCAUACUACUAUUUUACACUACUACCAUCAUAGACCACCAGUCCUAGACACUACUACUAGAACAAUGUCCCCCAGCAUAACCUCACCACGUCCCUCCACCCCCGAAACCCAACAUCAACGGCUUAAACCAUCACCACCACCCACCAACAUCCUCCUCAACCACCACACCCUCCUAACCACCAACCCCGAAGCCUUCAUUUUCCAAGCCGCUGCCUCCCUCCAACUUCGUCUCAACCCAACAAUCCCCAAUGAUUCAUCCCUAAUACCACCACCAUCAGACACCAACCUCAUCAUCUCCCCUUACAACACCCCACACCACCUCCUCGACCUCCAGACCCUCAGCCCGGCCUCCCAACUCCUCGCCAAAGCGCUGACCCUAUUCCACCCCAUUCGCCCUGACUACGCCACGGCGCCCUACACCGAGUCCUUCAACUGGGACAGUGUCUUUGGGUUUCUAAGGAAACAGGCGAAAAGCGAGGGGUAUACUUGGGGCAAGAGACACGAGAAUAUAUUCUAUGUGGUUGUAUUCCGGUCGACGUUGACGGCCGAUGCAGAUGGGGAGAAGUUGCAUGUGUUGGAUGAGAUGUCGUUACGGGAGGCAGUGGCGGGGGGUGGAUUGUUAAAGUAUUGGUUUGGGAAUGUGGAUGGGGAGAGGAGGGGGUUAGCUACUUGUGUAUGGCGCAGUCGGGAAGAUGCAAGAAAAGGAGGGUCGGGACCAUGGCAUCGACGAGCACGUGGGGCGGCGAGGGAAAUGUAUGAACGAAUUGAGUUCACGACGUUGAAGUUGUUGGUGGGGGAGGAUGAAGAAGGGAAUUGGGGAUGGGAGUUUGGGGAGUGGGUGGAUGAAUAG